CGCACCCAACUGGCCAGGAGCUAGUGGAAUUCACAAUUAUGCUGUCCCAGGUACAAGCGGACCACCAGGACCUCUUCAUCUGCAUCAGCAUGGAGGAGGAGGGGGAAAUGGAGGAAUGAUGUAUCAGCAAGAGUAUCAUCAAUAUCAACAACAACAACAGCAUCCUGGACCAGGCCGCGGACAACAUCAAGGUUAUAUGUCCUACUAUUAAGGCUCAACUUUCAAUGGUCAUUGGGGUUGGUCACUGAGAUCGAAGAGGCGACCCCUUGAGAGAACAGGGGAAAACGAAGGGAAAGGGGAGAGCUUUGAAAGGGGUCCCUUUCGUUCAGAGUCAGUGACCCUUGAAUGCUGAGCUUUAAUACUACAACCCACCCCCACACCCACACCCACAGCACUAUUCGCCGAGUGGUCGUGCCUGUGGCAGCGGAUCGCCGCCCCCAAACGCUUACUACAAUCCUGACAUGAUUCUUCCACCUGGUUCAGUUACUCAUCACCCAACGAAUCAACAAUAUGAUCCCAACAUGCAGCAGCUGUCAACCGGUGUUUACGCGGCUUUCCAGCAUCUUCCCCAACAUGCUAAUGCGACGUCCGUGUAUUAUGCAGACCCACUCGUUCU